UAAUUAUGUAUUUGUUGUAAUGAGCCUAAAAAAUAUAAAUGUCCUAAAUGUGAAUAGCCUUAUUGUAGUGCUGCAUGUUUCAAGCUUCAUAAUUGCAAACCUAUUUAAAAGAAACCUUAGACUUAAGAGCAAGAACCAUUCAAAAGUGAUUAUAUUGAUGAUGAAUAUAAAUUAUCUAAAGAGAAAUUAGAAUUACUUAGUAAUAUAAAUUUAUAUGAAUAUAGAAAGAAGUUAAAAAAUUAGAAAAUUUGUUACCAAUAAGCGUCUUUAAAAAUUAUUGAUUCAUAUUGAUAAUAGCAAGUACAGAUUUAAAGAAUUAAAUACAUGCAUCUAAAAUGAUAAAGAUUUUGAGGAUUUUUGUACAUUGAUGUUAUCUGAAAUGGGACAUAUUGAUGAAAAUGGAUAAUUUAAAUGAGCAGCC